AUGGUGUCGUCGGAACAGACGGGGACGCCAUCGAUCGCAGGCUCCAUUCAGUCCUUACCGGCUCAGCUACAGCGAGAGGAGCUGCCGCAUCCGUUUCACACGUCGCAGCCGUAUCAGAUGCGCAAUUCCGGUCGAUAG